AUGGCCAGUGCGGAUUCCCUACAAUAUGACAAUGACUUCUGGCAGGACAGACUUGGUCCUGCCUCACAAUUCUCAACGGAAAAGAAGUGUCACCUUGUGUUCUCGCUCUUGAUAUUCUUGAUGCUCAGUCUUGCCAAUCUCCUUGAAUUCAUCUUCUCCAGCAAGCUCGUAAUUGUCAAGCAAAGAGUUGGGAAAUUUAUGGCAUAUUCAUCCAUGGGUACCACAGAUGAUACACGGUUUCCUCCUGCAAUGAUCUUCCGGCUAUGGCAUGAAAACUACCCCAAGUCUCGUCGCUGGCUUCAUGACAUGGUAAUCCUGGGAUGUGCAAAGGAAAUAGUACUGGAGGAGAGCAAUAAACUCAUCAAUGAUGGCAAUCUUCGAAUCAAGCUCAGUGAUCUUACCAUGGAAAAGAUUUGGGAGCUUCUCAAGCCGGAAAGCAUAGCAGCAAAGUAUAAGGAGGCAGCUCCAUUUCUCUGGGGCAUUUUGCACACCUUUGCUGCAUCUCCCAACCGUUAUAGACAUCAGAAUCUACCCCGGACAACAGGCGAGGAGACUGAGAUUGUAACUGGAGAAGACUUCCAAGGCACGGAAGAUUUGAAUGUAAUGGAUGACCUGCAAGAGGAUCCUGAGAGAGGAUCAGCCAGGUUUGCAGCAUUACCACCAGGCUUUCUGCAGUCACCAGAAUUUGCCAUUAUCAUGACAAUAUCCAUGCUGAUCUUCAUCUGCAAUCGUGCUACAAAUAUUUUGCCCAUCAUGCUCGGACUGUUCUUCAAAAUUAAUGGAACAAGCUCACGCGUUUUAACUAUGCUGAGCAAUGUCGGUGUAUGUGUAUCUGAGGACACAGUUGAGCAGGUGAAAAAGAGACUUUCCGAGGAUGCCAUCAACCUUGCGGUCCAGGUCAUGACCAGCGACAAGCUUUAUGCUGUAAUCUUUGAUAACAUCAACAUAUAUCUUCGAAAGUUCCAGCAAAGGGUUACGAACCACCACUCUAUGAUCAAUGCGACGAAUGCGGCUCUUAUAACACGAUACUGUCCUGGCAAUGAAAAUUGGGACAAGCGCACCGAGAUACUCACCGAUGUUGGUAAAAUGAUGCCAGAGGAUCAUCCAUUACAACCAAAGAAGACCAAGGCAUAUCCAUUGGGUGUUUUCGACAAGAACGAGGGGUCUAAAAAAGGGAUUGUCGGAGUCUUGACAGCUAUUAAAGAUCGGUCGACCUUGACUGCAAUGAAAUGGGCCUCAAAGGUUCGCACGUUGCUUGGAGACUGGCUCACCUCAAACAAUUUCCAUGGUGCUCGAAGGGAUCGCAUGGAUGAUGUUAAUGAUAUGGAGCGGCUGGCAUAUGGGCAAGAACUCAGUACUCUCUGGCAUUAUGCACUACAGGCGACACACAUGAUUAUGCGGGUGCACUUUGGCUUUUCCACAGACCUGACAUCCUUGGCUGCUCACAAAACCCUUCUUGGUCGUUCAUGGGAUGUUAAAAAGCCAAAUUAUGCAGCCGCAAAAUCACUCAUUCGACAUUCAUUGAUAGCGAGACUCCUACACAUGACAAUGAUCUGUGUGGGCUUUUCAACUUGGACAGAACUUAGCGGUUGGCAACCUACAGCAGCAGACAUCAAGAAUACGGCUCAUGAAAUAAGCCUUCAGUAUGUCAGUCCAAAAAGCACUGAAGAGGCGCAAACUGCUGGUGAUGAUUGGCUUGCCCAUAGUAUCUACUUCGUCCGGGACAGCCUCUUAUUCUGUGAAUUUGAGGAUGCUGUGGCCUAUGCUGAUGCUGGUCGUGUUCUUCGAGUCAUGAAGUUUUGGUGUCUAGCUUAUCAAGGCUCUCUCCUUCUCACAUGGCAAUAUGAACUCAACGAUGCUCUUCGUGCCACUCUGGAAUGUGCUUGGUUCUACAAUCGGUGGGGACUACCAGGAAGAUUCAUUGCAACAGAUCUAUACAUGGAACAACUGAACUACUGGGUCAAACGAGGCUUCAUUGCACAGGGAAGUGGCAUGACCAUUCAAUACAUCAUUGAGAAGGGUUCCACAUGCGUUGAAGCAUUUCGUGAUGUCAGUCAUCGAGUCGCAAACUUUUUUGGGGAUUCCGAUCGAGCACGCCGGUCCAAGGAGUCCUCAUUCAAGGAAGAUCUAAAAAGACUCGUUGAUGAGAUGGUGAGGCUGAAGCUACAUAACACUGAUGAACCGGAGCAGCAUCUGGUGCCUGCCACAGUCAGGACCUCAACAAGAUCUAACAGGAAGGAUAAGGAGAAGUCAGCGAUUGUGGAUGUUCAGGUUGUGGGAGCAGAAAUUUGGAACGAUGGAAAAUUUGCAGACUUCCUAAAGAGGACAACAUAUGACCCCACCGUAGGCUACCCAAUCAGUGGUGGGGAUAGUCACGAUGCCGAAAGUUUGGAUGAUACAGACCCAUUCAUCACAGGAACUACUUCAUUCGAUGAUCCUAACAUCAAUCCUCUGGUCCACGACUCAUUCAACGACCUGCAUGGUGAUGAGGUAAUAGGACUCGGUUCGUUAGGUGGUGGUGGGGAGUACUACAAUGGCCCAGAGGGUCUGAGCUGA